UCCAGGCCCCCCAGCUCGGCACCCUGAUGGGCGUCUAUCUGCCGUGCAUCCAGAACAUCUUCGGAGUGAUCCUCUUCCUCAGGAUGACCUGGUUGGUGGGAAUCGGAGGCGUCAUCGGCACCUUCAUCAUCGUCUUCAUGUGCUGUACCACAACCAUGCUGACUGCCAUCUCGAUGAGUGCCAUCGCUACCAAUGGAGUGGUGCCAGCUGGAGGAUCCUAUUACAUGAUAUCCCGUUCACUGGGCCCUGAGUUCGGUGGAGCAGUGGGGAUCUGUUUCUAUCUGGGAACCACCUACGCUGGAGCCAUGUACAUCCUGGGAGCCAUCGAGCUUCUCCUGAUCUAUAUAGCACCCAAAGCAGCCAUCUUUCCCCUGGAGGGUCUGGAGGGUGCUGAGGCGGAGGCUGCCCUGCUCAACAACAUGCGUGUGUAUGGAACCAUCCUGUUGACAUCCAUGGCUACGGUGGUGUUUGUUGGUGUUAAGUACGUCAAUAAGCUGGCCCUGGUGUUCCUGGCCUGCGUCAUCCUCUCCAUCCUGGCCGUCUAUGCCGGAGUCAUCAAGACGGGCAUAGAUGCUCCUGACUUCCCUGUUUGCCUUUUGGGGAACCGCACCUUGGUGUGGAAGAGCUUUGAUGUUUGUGCCAAGACCAUUGAGACAGCUAAUGGGACAGUCACCACGCAGCUGUGGCGCAUGUUCUGCGAUUCACCUUUGCUCAAUGCCACCUGUGACAGUUACUUUGCCGCCAACAACGUGACUCAAAUCCAGGGCAUUCCUGGGGUCACCAGUGGAAUCUUGGCAGAGAAUCUGUUUGGGACCUACUAUGAGAAAGGGGACUUAAUUGCAAGGAAAUACAUGGAUUCAGUGGAAGACCAGGAUGAUCCUCUGACCAACGCUAACCGCUACGUGUUGGCCGACAUCGCCAGUUUCUUCACACUGCUGGUUGGCAUCUACUUCCCAUCAGUAACAGGAAUCAUGGCUGGUUCAAACCGAUCUGGAGACCUGCGUGAUGCUCAGAAGUCAAUCCCCGUUGGCACCAUUGCAGCCAUCACCACCACCUCCACUGUCUACAUGUCCAGCGUGAUUCUGUUCGGUGCCUGCAUCGAGGGGGUGGUCCUCAGGGACAAAUUCGGAGAGGGCGUCCACGGGAACUUGGUGAUAGGCACAUUGGCUUGGCCGUCACCCUGGGUGAUUGUGAUUGGCUCUUUCUUCUCCACCUGCGGAGCGGGGCUUCAGAGCCUGACAGGAGCCCCCCGUCUUCUUCAGGCCAUCGCCAAGGACGGCAUCGUGCCUGCCCUUCGGAUCUUCGGCCACGGGAAGGCCAACGGAGAACCCACAUGGUCCCUCCUGCUGACCGCCUGUAUCUGCGAGAGUGGCAUCCUCAUUGCUUCCCUGGACGCGGUAGCUCCUAUCCUUUCCAUGUUCUUCCUGAUGUGCUACAUGUUUGUGAAUCUGGCCUGUGCCCUCCAAACGCUGUUGAGGACUCCAAACUGGAGACCCCGCUUCAAGUUCUAUCACUGGGCUCUGUCCUUCCUGGGGAUGAGCUUGUGUCUCACUCUUAUGUUCAUCUGCUCCUGGUACUAUGCCAUCGUUGCCAUGGUAAUUGCCGGCUCCAUCUACAAGUAUAUAGAGUUUGCAGGUGCGGAGAAAGAGUGGGGUGAUGGGAUACGCGGUCUGUCUCUGAGCGCUGCGCGGUACGCUCUGAUGAGGCUGGAGGAAGGUCCCCCGCACACCAAGAAUUGGAGGCCACAGCUGCUGGUGCUGGUCAGCACUGACGGAGAGCAGAAUGUAGAGCAGCCACGUCUGCUGUCUCUGACCAACCAGCUGAAGGCAGGAAAAGGUCUGACUAUUGUUGGGACAGCCCUGGUGGGCAGCUACCUGGAGAAUAAUGAGCAAGCCCAGCGUGCAGAGCAGGCACUUAAGAAGCUGAUGGACACCGAGAAGGUGAAGGGCUUCUGCCAGGUGACUGUGUCCUCAAACCUCCGGGAUGCUACAUCCCAUUUGCUCCAGGCCAGCGGGCUGGGAGGCCUGAAGCACAACGCCGUGCUGCUGUCCUGGCCGCGCACCUGGAAGCAGGGGGACGAGCACCAGCACUGGAGGAACUUUAUCGAGCUGGUCAGAGAAACCACUGCAGCACGCCUUGCUCUGCUUGUACCGAAGAACAUCUCAGCCUUCCCGUCCAACGGCGAGCGUUUCUCUGAGGGCCACAUCGACGUGUGGUGGAUCGUUCAUGAUGGAGGCAUGUUGAUGCUGCUGCCCUUCCUGCUCCGCCAGCACAAGGUCUGGAGGAAGUGCAAGAUGCGCAUCUUCACUGUGGCCCAGAUGGACGACAACAGCAUCCAGAUGAAAAAGGACUUGACCACGUUCCUCUAUCACCUCCGUAUUGAAGCCAUGGUAGAAGUUGUGGAAAUGCAUGACGGUGACAUCUCGGCUUACACUUACGAAAAGACCCUGGUGAUGGAGCAACGGUCACAGAUGCUUAAACAGAUCAAUCUGACCAAGAGUGAGCGCGAAAAAGAGAUUCAGAGCAUUACAGAUUCCUCCCGUGGGUCUAUCCGCCGCAAAAACCCAGCCGCUGUGACCACCCAGCUAAGUGUGACCGAGGAACCACCUGCAGCCAGCAAGGAGGAGAAGCCCGAAGAAGAGUCAAAGUCGGCCUCUCCCACUGUGUCCCCCCCUGCCCAGGUCCAGCUCAUCCACGACAACACCACCCCCGCCAGCCCUGCCACCCCGGCCACCCCGCUGACCCCCGAGGCUGCCCAGAGCCCCGGGGAGCAGGUCCAGAUGACCUGGACCGAGAAGUUAGACGGCGAGCCGGCCAAGCCCCCCGGAGCCGCCACACCAGAGGGGAUUAAAGACAUCUUCAACAUGAAGCCGAACCAGUCCAACGUGAGACGUAUGCACACAGCACUCCGGCUGAACGAAGUCAUCCUCAAAAAGUCCUCCGAAGCCAAACUAGUCCUCCUCAACAUGCCGGGGCCUCCGAAGAACCGGACAGACAUGGAGUUCCUGGAGGUCCUCACCGAGGGACUCAACCGGGUCCUGCUGGUCCGCGGAGGCGGUCGCGAAGUGAUCACCAUCUACUCCUGAAAGAGCAGUCCCUACCCCCUCCCCCAACCCCACCC